UGUCCGGGCAGUUGUUUGUGUAGCUCCGUUGGUCCCAUCUUGGCUACAUUGUAAUCAGAGCGGAGAGGAAAGAGAACUCGUCCAUAUUACAGCUGCUGUUUCAGCGGUUUCUGUGGUGAUGGACCCUCCCGGCGGCCGAGACGAACGUCAUCGUCAAGCGGAGCGGCUUCGGCGGGAGGAGGCAUACUAUCACUUCAUUAAUGAACUGAGUGAGGAGGAGUACAGACUAAUGAGAGACAGCAAUCUUCUGGGUACACCUGGUGAAGUCACUGCAGAAGAGCUGAGGCAGCGUCUGGAUGGUGCGAAGGAGCGAGUGUCAUCACAGCCACGCCCUGAACCCCGCCCACAGAGCAGUGAGGCCGAGGGCAGUAGCGGUCCAGUCGAGCCAGGUGCUGAGACGUCUAAUGGAGACUCUCUGCUAGAGUGGUUGAACACAUUUCGGCGGACAGGAAAUGCCACACGUAGCGGGCAGAGUGGAAACCAAACUUGGCGCGCCGUCAGCCGCACCAACCCCAACAGCGGCGAGUUCCGCUUCAGUCUUGAGAUCAACAUCAACCACGAGCAACCCGAGCCUGGAGAACACAGCGACACCCCUGACCCGACUGAACUCCCAAUGCCUCCUCCCCCUCCACCUCCUCCUCCUCCCCCUCCCCCACCAGUCUCAUCUGCCUCUGCACCCACGACCCCUUACAACCCCUCGAGGUCUGCACCUUACUCACUUCAACACCCCACGCCAUACUCUACGGCCAGGCCCACCCUGGGAAGGAGGGCUGCGGUGCGACGUACUCGCAGUAGCACGGCUCCGCCUGUAACGCCGCCUCUGACCUCACAGGCUCCUCCCACAGUUUUGAGGAGGAACUUGCCGCCUUUGCCAAGCUCUCCUCCUCCACAGGCCCCACUCGCUUUUCAGUCACAAGAGCAGGAUGGCAGUGCCGUAAGGGGUCAAAUACAGGUCACGACCUCCUCGGUUAACACAGAGGAGGGGCAGAAUGGAAAUGAAGACCCGGACUGCCCCACCGUUCUGCCUCAGACCGGCCCCCAGGUGGCGCCAGCUGCCCGUGAGACACGAAACAGCAGGACUCGCUCACGUGGCCGCAUGCGUCGGGCGACGGGAGCAGGUGGGGCUUCGUCUCGCUCUUCGAGACGUAGCCGGUCCCCCCUGGACAGAAACCCAGCCUCCAGUGUUAGCCCAACCCAUAGCAGCACCGCUGCCCCAGUGGAGUCCACUGGAAGUACGGCUGUUGCUAUGGAGAUGGGCGAGGCCGCCACAGAGCCGGCUGCUCCUACAGAUCCUCCGGAGGCAGGUGAGGAAGAGGGGGAGACUCCUGUGUCAGGCGCCGGAGGUGUGCGUCGCCACCCCACAAUCAUGCUGGACCUCCAGGUUCGGCGCAUCAGGCCAGGUGAGAACCGGGACAGAGACAGCAUCGCCAGCCGCACUCGCUCUCGUGCUCGUGCCGCUGAGAACACGGUCACCUUCGAGAGCGACAGCGGCGGCUUCCGUCGUACCAUCUCGCGCUCGGAGCGCGCGGGAAUCCGCACUUAUGUCAGCACUAUACGCAUCCCGCUACGCCGCAUCUCGGAAACGGGCCUCGGCGAGCCCAGCUCCAUGGCUCUGCGAUCUAUCCUGCGUCAGAUCAUGACCGGCUUCGGUGAGCUUAGCUCCCUCAUGGAGACGGAGGCGGACUCAGAAACUGCAGCACCCAACCAGGACUCGGCUCCUGUUGCCGGAGCCCAGGCAUACCGCGUCGGUAGCGCAGAGGGCGGUGCGGCUCACGGCGGAGUGGAAUUGGCACAAGAAGGUUUAGUGGAGGGUGAGGAGGAAGGACAAGUGCGGGUAAGCAGGACUGGGCCGGAGGGACGACCUAGCAGCAGGGACACUAACAACCUGGUGGAAAACGGCACAUUGCCCAUCCUAAGGCUGGCGCACUUUUUCCUUCUCAAUGAAGACGAAGACGAGGAGCACCCACGGGGUCUCACCAAAGAACAGAUCGACAAUUUGGUCACACGCACUUACGGUCAGGUCAACAUGGAGGGCGAGCAGGGUCGCGCCUGCAGCGUCUGCAUCAACGAGUACGCUCAGGGCAACAAGCUGCGUCGCUUGCCCUGUGCCCACGAGUUCCACAUCCACUGCAUCGACCGCUGGCUAUCUGAAAACAACACCUGUCCCAUCUGCAGGCAGCCUAUUCUGUCCAGCCAUCAGGAAUGAUGUUAGGUUGUAGCUAUCAAUCAAUGGACUGAACGAGUGACUUUUCUUCCACCCUCGGUGGAACCUGUACAUAGUGCUUCAAUGUUUUCAUUCUCUGAGAUCCAUUUUAUUCAAGCUAAAGGUAGAACCAAAAGCAGAAAAAAGACUAUAAUGCAGAGAUUUAACAAAGCUUUAUUUUUUUAGACUCAUUUUGUUUUAAUUUCUUCCUCCUCCUACCAUUCUCCAUUUGCUUUGUGGACAUAUUAACAGACGGCGUGACUAACUCAAACGGAGUAAGGAAUAUUAGCUUAAGCUACUGGUGCAUUCACGUUUACCAAUGUUCAGCUAAUUUUCAUGGGCGAAAUCCAAUUUCGUGAGGGUGAAACUAAAAGAUUGCUUAUCGGAUGUCUCAAUCGAUUUACUAUGUUGAACAACAGAAAGCUGCUUGGUUUGAAAGUGACUUCUGUGUGAGUGGUGCUCCAUACAUCUCUACACUAUUUACAAUGGACAUUUUUUUUGCCCAUGAAAUUUCGCUACAUGUGACUGCACUAUAAUUCUGUCUCACAAUUUUUAAGUUUGGCGGCUUCAAAAAAUGGAUAAACCUUUUAAAACUCUUUAAGGACGUGUAAAUAUAUGAAUGUCUGUGUUUUCGGUUUAAACAGUAAGACAUAUUGUAGAAAGAACCAUAUACUGUUUCAUUAGCAUUUUCAAAAGGAACCUUUACUUUUUAAGCGCUUGCUGAGAAAUCCACCGGUUUUGAAGCUCUAUGAGUCCUCCAUGUAAAUGCUCCCUAAUGUUGGGCAGUGUACUUUUAAAUGCGUUUUCAAUCAAAGCAGGUUUUUAGUGUGAUUUUAUUUUUUAUUCUAAUUUUUUGUUGUUGAUGGGGUCGAGAAGAAUAGUUAUGGGAUGUGAAUGAUGCAUAGAUGAAUUUGUCACUGAAAUUCCAAUAGCUGCAUCUGCAUCUUUAUAUUACGGGAAAUGGCAAUGAGCAUCUCCGCAAACACUACAGAACACAUUUUUUUUUUAAGCGUUUUUAAUUUUCCCAAUGGACUGAAUAUGCUUUGAGUGUCAUUACAUUUCUAAUGAGAACAAGCCAUUUGCAUUUGAACAACAGUUUUGGAGAGCCGAUCAGAUUAUAUGAUAUUGUAUGAGCUAGUAAGUGCAUGCUUGAUUUGUACCUGAGUCUAAACCCUGUCAACCCCCUGCACAUAGUUCACAAUAUUUAAAUUGAUUAUCACUUGAAAGCACUUGUCAGCCGCUGCACUGUAUGGCAGUACAUUCGAGCCUGUCAUAGGCCAGACUUCUUCCAGGGUGAUUCAAAGGUACAAGGAGGCAAUGAAAGAUAUUGAAUGGUGGUACAAUAUUAUAUUAUAACAUACCUGUGUUUUUGUUGGAUUCCUACUUUCACACUCACAUUUGGCUACCGGUAUUUCUAUAGUUCUUAUCAUCACAUGCUCCUUAUUGCAGACACGUUGUGCCCUGUUUACCUUCCCUCAGUAUUUAAGCAUACAAUGGUUUCACUUAUGGCCUUGUCUGAAAGCCCUGUUUGCUCUGAGUCACCAUUUUUACCCUUCAUGCAGAGUUACUCGUUCCCCUAUGUGAGGCAGAGCGUGAAGUAGGACUUCUGAAUGAAAGAUCAUGAAUGUAGUGGUAUCUUGCGUCUUUCCAAGGUCCACUUUUCCUCAAUGUACAAUAGAUGUCUGCUUAUGUUUCAGGAUCUCGAUUAAAACAAUGACAGAAUCUGUUAUUCGACACCUGUCCUCGAUGUUAUUGUUUUCUUGUAUACUAAAAUAUCCCUUUAUUUUGUCUGUAUGUUGUGAGGAUGUGUGUUAUAAGAAGAGUGAAUUAUAAGUAUGUGUGUAGAAAAUGUGUGUGUAUAUUGCUGAAUGGAACAGAAUGGUUUUUGAGCUGAUGUGGAGCUGCGAGUGGGGGAUCUUUGGCCAUGAAGUUUAGAUAUUUAAUGAUGAAAAAUGGACAUCAUUGCGCUAUGACUAUGUAUUAUGUUAUAAUGUGAUGCUGAAACAGAAGAAUAUGUAUUCUGUUACUAUGUAAUAAAAUAAAACACAUUGAUUUUUUUCUUC